AUGCUUGAAAAGAAAAUACACAACUGCAUUUUAGAAAUAAUCAAUGAAAGAGAGGAGAAGGUAAAAAGUAGUGAAGAGGACAGCUUUGGCAAUGAUUUUCUUGGAUUACUUUUAAAGGCUCACCAUGAUAACAGCGACAGUCAGACAAUUUCAGUGGACGAUUUGGUUGAAGAGUGUAAAACAUUUUACUUUGCUGGGCAAGAAACUACUAACACUUUACUUGGAUGGACUGUCUUUCUUCUAGCAAUCCACAUAGAUUGGCAAGAAGAAGUUAGAAAGGAGGUGCUCAAUUUAUUUGGCCGCGAAAAUCCAAAUCCAGAUAGCAUAGCAAAACUAAAAUUAAUGGGAAUGGUCUUCAAUGAAUCUAUGAGAUUAUAUCCUCCUGUUAUUGGCUUUGAAAGAAAAGUUGAAAGAGAAGUUAGAGUGGGAGAGCUGAUUCUUCCUGCGAACUUGAACUUGAUCUUCUCAACUUUGGCACUCCACCAUGAUCCACAUAUAUGGGGAGAAGAUGUGAAUCAGUUCAAACCAGAAAGAUUCUCAGAAAGGGUAUCUGAAGCUACUAAAAUCAACUCAACUGCAUUUUUUCCAUUUGGAAUGGGGCCUAGAAAUUGUGUAUGGAGCAACUUUGUUGGAUUUUUGGAACAAAAAACACAGCAAAACGAAAGAGAAAGAAGCUUAAACUGGUGUGGUCUUAACACCCUCGUUCAUUAUAGACAUAGCAUAUAA